UAUCCUGUAUGAGUUCAUCUCAGGUGGUACACUACUUACCCAUCUACAGACUUCAGGGGUGCAAUCUCAACCUACGUACAGUAAUCUCAAGCCAAACGGUGUUCGUAUUGCUGAGGGUACACUUCUUAACUUGGCUUGGCAGGUUGCUAAAGGAAUGCAGUUUCUUGCAUCUAAACAGAAAGCCACAAGAUGGAGUUCACCAGAAACCAUGGUAGCGAGUGACCCAACAACAGAAGGAGACAUCUGGUCUUUUGGUAUCGUAUUGUGGGAAAUCGUAACGUUAGGUGCAAGGCCAUACCCUAAUAUGACAUUUACCACUGUCCAGACGAAGGUUGCUAAUGGUUACCAGAUGCCACGCCCUCGUCACUGUGCGCAAGAAGUGUAUGCGAUUAUGACGGGGUGUUGGGAGAAGGACCCUAGAAAUAGGACCAACUUUGACCGGAUCUUGAAGGAUUUAGAAAGGAUUCUAGAAAAGACUCAUAGCUACCUGUCACUUAAUGACUUGGAUGAAGGAGUCUACGCAUCUGCUAUUGAUAUUUGA